CAAAGGUACGAGAUGAUGCGGAAAAUGGCGACGCUGAGGAAAACAACGUCUGUGUGGUGGGACAUAAACAGCUGUCCGAUUCCAAGUCUAACCGCUUGUCCAAGUCUGUGUGUGGACGACGAGGAAGACGAAACCUUCAGUGAAUUUUUACUUAUAAACCGCCAAAAACGUCUCGUCGCCGGAGAAAUGCCAAUUACCUGCAAUACUCUCCUCCGUAAGCUCCGGGAAUGUAAGAACCUCCGGUUUCUUCUUCAAAUUCACGGCAGCUUAAUCGUCUCAGGGCUUAAACCCCAUAACCAGCUCGUAAACGCUUAUUCUCUCUUUCAAAGACCCGACCUUUCACGCAUCAUCUUUAAUUCAGUUCGAGACCCAGGUGUUGUCUUGUGGAAUUCCAUGAUCAGAGGGUACACGAGAGCCGGUUUGCACAGAGAAGCUCUCGAAUUCUUCGGGUACAUGUCAGAGGAGAUAGGUAUGGAUCCAGACAAGUACACUUUCACUUUCGCUUUGAAGGCUUGCGCCGGAUCUAUGGACUUGGAGGAAGGUUUGCGAAUACAUGGUUUGAUUUCCGAGAUGGGUUUCGAGUCUGAUGUUUAUAUAGGCACUGCGUUAGUUGAAAUGUACUGUAAAGCUGGCGACUUGAUUUCUGCAAGACAAGUGUUUGAUAAAAUGCCUGAGAAAGAUAUCGUUACUUGGAACAUUAUGGUUUCCGGGUUGGCCCAAAAUGGAUCUCCCGGUGAAGCCUUGCGGUUGUUUCGCGAUAUGCAUUUGAGUUGUGUUGACAUUGAUCAUGUUACUCUCUACAAUCUGAUCCCUGCGGUUUCCAAGCUAGAGAACAUCAGUGUGUGCAGAUGUCUUCAUGGACUUGUGUUUAGGAAAGGUUUUGCCUCUGGUUUUUCUAAUGGGUUGAUCGACAUGUAUUGCAAAUGCGCUGAUUUGUAUGCUGCAGAAUGCAUUUUUGAUGAAGUGUUGUGCAAGGAUGACUCUUCGUGGGGCACAAUGAUGGCAGCUUAUGCACAUAAUGGGUUCUUCGAGGAGGUAUUGGAGUUGUUUGACCUUAUGAGAUACUAUGAUGUCAGAAUGAAUAAGGUUACUGCAGCAAGUGGUCUUCAAGCUGCUGGAUAUGUAGGGGAUUUAGAGAAGGGGAUUGCGAUUCAUGAAUACGUAGUACAACAAGGAAUGAUUGGUGAUAUCUCGGUUGCAACUUCUCUUAUGAGUAUGUAUUCCAAAUGUGGUGAGUUGGAGAUAGCGGAACAACUGUUCAUAAAUAUUAAAGAUAGAGAUGUCGUUUCUUGGUCUGCCAUGAUUGCUUCGUUUGUGCAAGUAGGUCAUCACGACGAUGCUCUCUCUUUGUUUAGGGAUAUGAUUAGUAUACCUGUCAAGCCUAAUGCUGUAACUUUGACAAGUGUGCUUCCGGCUUGUGCAGGAAUAGCCGCCUCUAGAUUAGGUAAGAGCAUACAUUGUUAUGCUAUAAAGGCUGAUAUGGAGUCUGGGUUGGCAACUGCCACAGCUAUUAUUUCAAUGUAUGCCAAAAGUGGUCUCUUUUCUCCUGCGCUCAAAGCUAUUGAAAGACUGCCAAUUAAAGAUGCUGUAGCAUUCAACGCUCUAGCACAGGGGUAUAUAAAGAUUGGUGAUGCCGGUAAAGCAUUUGAUGUGUACAAUAACAUGAAGAUUCGUGGAGUGUGCCCAGACUCAGGAACCAUGGUUGGUAUGCUUCAAACUUGUGCACUCUGUAGUGACAGUGAUCGAGGUUCUUGUGUUUACGGGCAAAUCAUAAAGCAUGGGUUCGAUUCAGAAUGUCAUGUGGCACAUGCUUUAAUCGAUAUGUUCACCAAAUGUGAGGCCCUUGCUGCAGCAAAAUCCUUAUUUGAAAAAUGUGGAUUCAAGAAAAGUACUGUAUCUUGGAAUAUAAUGAUGAACGGGUACUUACUCCACGGCCAAGCUGAAGAAGCUAUUGCCGCUUUUCGUCAGAUGAAGAUUGAGAAUUUUCAGCCAAAUAUAGUCACUUUUGUAAACAUCUUGCACGCAACGACACAAUUAGCAGCAUUGAGAUUAGGAAUGGCGGUUCAAGCCAGUCUCAUUCGGUUUGGAUUUUGUUCCCACGGGCCUGUUGGAAACAGCCUAGUCGAUAUGUAUGCGAAAUGUGGAAUGAUCGAAUCUUCCGAGAGAUGCUUUACAGAGAUAACAAACAGAGACAUGGUUUCAUGGAACACUAUGCUAUCCGCUUACGCAGUGAAUGGUUUAGCAAGCUCUGCGGUCUCACUCUUUUUGUUUAUGCAGGAAAAUGAACUCAAACUAGACGCUGUUUCCUUUCUCAGUGUUCUUUCAGCUUGUAGACACGCGGGUUUAGUUAAAGAAGGAAAACAAAUGUUCAAGGAAAUGGAAGAGAGAUACAAGAUCAAAGCAGAAGUUGAGCACUACUCGUGUAUGGUUGAUUUAUUAGGGAAGGCUGGUUUGUUUGAUGAAGCUGUGGAAAUUGUGAGAAGAAUGAGCGUGAAAGCAAGUGUAGGAGUGUGGGGAGCUUUAUUGAGUUGUUCAAGAAUGCAUUGUAAUUUGUGGUUAAGUAAUGCUGCAUUGUGUCAGCUUGUUAAGCUUGAGCCACUUAAUCCUUCUCAUUAUGGUCAAGACCGGAGAUUAGGAGAUGUUAAUGAUGGAUCAAGAAUCAAGAAAAUUCCUGCUUGUAGUUGGAUCCAAGUUUAAGAUUACCCAUUUUUAUUUAUUCUCGAUCAUGCAGGUUAUUGUAUAUGAUCUGAAGAUGUAGGUUGCCAAACAAUUUAUAC